UCGUGGAAAUGUGUGUAGAAGGGAGCUGCGUUAUUUAAUUUAACUGGACAUUUAAGGCGAAUAAUCGGGAAUAAAGUCCCACGCAACAGAUGACCAUGCGUCUUCAUAAUAGUGCAAUCAGGCAAAGGUGGAAAUGGUAGUUUUAAACAAAAUGCUGUAUUUAAUUUUCUUUUUAAGAACUACUCACAAUGUAAAGUACGUGUCUUUGUGGCCUCUGAACCGCUCUCCUUUCGCGAUGGUUUAAAUGCCCAGAUUAGCUAAAUAAACAUUUAGUAGCGAUCUGAUCAGCUGCCUUGGAUGAAACGGUGCGCCGGAGUGAUGCAAACUGUCUCCAGGCUGGUUUUGUUUCCAGUUUUACCACGUUUAAUAUCUUAUGGUUUCUGGUUGUUGAAUUGUUUCACGGUAUUGUCCAGCAUGACUCGACUUAAAUGAGAUGAGCUUAUUCUGAGCCGUGGGAAGGUUGAGAUCUCCAUUGAUGGAUAACAAUAGCGGAGUGGGAGCAGACGAGACUGAAGGAUUACUGCCUAGUAAAAGUCAAGCCUGAGCCCCCGAAAAGUUUGUGAGUCGAGCAGCAGACAAGCAGCAAAUGUGUGAGCUAAAUUAACACAUGCUCUGUGCAUGCGGGCUCCCUUCACCGGUCUGAAAAAGUGCAAAUAACGCUCACAGAGAGCUGACUUUGUUCCUUAGGAAUGAGUAAGCUAUGAAUUGACCCUUAUUUUGGUUAUGCCCUGCAGGAAAGAGCAGAUGUAAGACAUGGGUGGUUAGUGAAGAGCUAUUAAGAGCAAAUAAGGAUCGAGAGGGUUGAUUUUGUGUCAUACUAAGGCAUGAAACUGCAGUCCAGCCUGGUACAGUUGUACUUACUAUAUAUUUAAGGAAGUAAGAACACUUUUAUUAUUUAAAAAAAACUGUUGGAACAAAUUUUGCCCACUGACAAGAACUCAGAUCUUAUUUGAAGAACAAGCAAGCUAUCUCAGUAAGUUUAAUAUUAGCAUUUGUGAUAAUGAUCACAAUUCCUGAUUAAGUUUUUGUUUUGAUCCACUAUUUAAAGGCAAAGCCCUCCCCCCACCCUACAGAACUCUAGUGAGCAUUGAGCAGAACGGUGGCUUUCCUGAGCUCUUGCAAAUUGUACAUUUCACACGACUUUUACACGAGUCACUCCACUGAUAACUAUUGUUCCACAGCUGGGUGGUCGCGGUUCUCGGGAAUGUUCACUGCUGUCCACCAGUGCUUUUUAUGUGAGAUCUUUAUGGGAAGAGGGUCCAGAUGGUGACAUACCAUCUGCUGGAGAUGAUGUGCUUUUAAGACACGCAGUGUGCAGGACGAGAAAAAUAUCACCAGAAUUAUAAAGCAUCUCCGAAAGCUCCUGUGAAUUAAGUCCAUGGGAAAAUACCUCAUCUGUGAUAACUCAGGGGAUUUAGUGAAUUAUAAACAGUCAAACAGGCGUGUUUAUCUUGAAAGGGUGUGGUUAUCCAGAGCAUGCACACGAACGGAUGUGCUGAGAUAAAAUUAGCUCUCUCUUGUCUUUCGUGUUACAGUCUGAAGAAGUUUGAUCUCGUAUUCUGUUUUGUGUGUUUGUCAAUCACUUUUAAUGGCCGUCAAUUUUAUCUUCAGACCCAGAACAAUAGGCUGCCGCCAGCUUUUGCUGCCGUGAGGUAACAUCCGUGAGACGGAGCCAUGAUUCCCGUUACGGAAUUCCGCCAGUUUAUGGAACAGCAGCCGGCGUUCCGGGUGCUCAAGCCUUGGUGGGAUGUCUUCACAGACUACCUCUCCGUGGUCAUGCUCAUGGUCGGCGUGUUUGCGUGUACCAUGCAGAUAAUGCAAGACAAAAUCAUCUGCCUUCCACAAAGAGUACCUGCACCAAACCAGACUGGGGCCUUGUCAAAUCCCAAUGAUGGGACAGUGGCCAACUCCACUGCCCCCCCUGCACCAGUAGUUAAUGAAAUGAAAGGCCUGAAGACUAACCUCGAUUUUCAGCAGUACAACUUCAUCAACCAGAUAUGCUACGAGACGGCGCUGCACUGGUACGCCAAGUACCUUCCCUACCUAGUGCUCAUACAUACCAUGAUCUUCAUGGUGUGCAGCAAUUUCUGGUUCAAAUUCCCAGGAUCCAGCUCCAAAAUAGAACACUUCAUUUCCAUCUUAGGCAAGUGCUUUGACUCACCCUGGACCACCAGGGCUUUAUCAGAAGUUUCCGGGGAGAAACCAGGGGACAAGGAUAAAACGAUGGUCAUGCAGAAGUUCAACAUUCAUGAGGAUGUGACUGUGGACAACACGGAGGAAGAGGAGUCCGUCAGGUCCAUACCGGAGAAGGUGGUCGUCGACAAGCCAGAUGCUGGAGUCCUGGACAAAAAGGAAGGCGAACAAGCUAAGGCCUUGUUUGAGAAGAUCAAGAAGUUCCGUUUGCAUGUGGAAGAGGGGGACUUGCUGUACAUCAUGUAUGUUCGCCAGAAUGUUCUCAAAGUGCUCAAUUUUCUCCUUAUUAUUGGCUACAACUGUGUGAUGGUGUCAAAAAUGGAGUUCAGAGUGAACUGUACGGAUAUCCUGGAAAUGACUGGUUACAAAAACUUCUUGUGCAACCUCACUAAGGCGCAUUUGCUCUUCAAGCUAACUUACUUCUAUCUGUGCUUGGUGGGCGUCUACGGAUUCACUUGUCUUUACACGUUGUACUGGCUCUUCCAUCGGUCCCUCAAGGAAUACUCCUUUGAGUAUGUGCGCCAGGAGACGGGGAUUGACGACAUUCCCGACGUACGGAACGACUUCGCCUUUAUGCUCCACAUGAUCGAUCAGUACGACCCUCUUUACUCGAAGAGGUUCGCCGUGUUUCUAUCAGAAGUCAGCGAGAACAAGCUGAAGCAGCUAAAUUUAAAUCACGAGUGGACGACGGAAAAAUUACGCCAAAGGUUGCAGACCAACAGCAACAACAGGCUGGAGCUGCAGCUCUUCAUGCUGUCCGGUCUUCCAGAUACUAUUUUCGAAGUAAGCGAGCUCCAGUCUUUGAAGCUGGAGAUCAUAAACAAUGUCACCAUACCAGCCUCGAUCUCCCAGCUGAAGGAGCUGGAAGAGCUGGUUUUGUACCAGUGCUCCCUCAGCAUACACAGUGCUGCUAUUUCCUUCCUGAGGGAAAACCUCAAGGUGUUGCACGUCAAGUUUGAUGACAGCCGGGAGUUGCCAUCGUGGGUCUAUAGUCUGCGCAACCUGGAGGAGCUACACCUCAUUGGCUCCCUGAGCCCCGACAUCUCCAGGAGCAUCACACUGGAGUCCCUGCGUGAGCUGAAGUGUCUCAAGACCCUCCACCUAAAGAGCAACUUCUCCAAGAUCCCCCAGUCAGUUGUGGACGCGUCCAGCCACCUCCAGAGGCUCUACAUACACAACGACGGCACCAAGCUGGUCAUCUUCAACAACUUGAAGAAGAUGAUCCACCUGGUGGAACUUGAGCUGGUGCACUGCGACCUGGAGAGAAUCCCUCAUGCCAUCUUCAGCCUCACUAACUUGCAAGAGCUUGACCUGAAAGAGAACAGUCUCAAGUCCAUUGAGGAGAUCCUCAGCUUCCAGCAUUUGCGGAAGCUCACGUGCCUGAAGUUGUGGUAUAACAGCAUCAGCCACAUCCCUGAGCACAUCAAAAAGCUGGGUAGCUUGGAACGCCUUUAUCUAAGCCAUAAUAAGAUUGAAGUUCUCCCCCCGCAACUUUUCUUGUGCCAUAAGCUGCGAUACAUCGAUCUGUCUAACAAUGAGAUCCGAUUCAUUCCCCCAGAGAUUGGUGUUCUUCAAAGCCUUCAGUAUUUCGCAGUUUCCUGCAACAAGAUCGAGAGUCUCCCAGACGAACUGUUCUUCUGCAAAAAAUUGAAAGUCCUUAAAUUAGGCCGGAACCUGUUGACUGUGCUUUCUCCAAAGAUAUCAUACCUGGCUUUGCUGUCACACUUAGAACUCAAGGGCAAUCAUAUGGAGAGCUUGCCACCUGAGCUUGGCUCCUGUCCGGCUCUGAAACGCAGUGGCCUUUUCGUGGAAGAUACUUUGUUCGAAAUGUUGCCUUCUGAUGUCAGGGAACAACUCGGGGAUGACUGAUUUCACUCCAAAUGUCUUAAGUGGAUGAUUAUGAAUGAUGCACAGUGGCAAUUUUUACAGGUGUAUGAUUAAAUCCCAGUGUUACAUGUAUAAUUCAGGAGUCCAAGUAAACCAGAUUGUCUGCAUCUUCCUUUAGUAGGUAGCCUACGUUUAGUAAAAAUGUAUUACUCUGCAUUGCAGACGGUUGUUGGCUAGAAGCCAGGACAAUUUUCAUGAAUUGAAGAAGAAUUUGUAAUAUGAGUAUAUAAAAGCACAUCCUUUAGACCGUAAGGUAGAACAUGAUAAUAAUACUGACUGCCAGUUCGACAUGGAACCACAUUGCCUUCAUCAGAAUGUGGGGACUGAAAAAGAUGAAAAGACACAUACUUGAACCCAUUGACCAUUAAGAAUAGUAUUUGCUGGAAUUUUUUAAUUAUGCUUAUUGGAAUUGAUUUUUUCCUCUUUACCUUAUGUUGUACUACCAUCCAUUCACUGACUCUGAUUCCUUUUCCAAAGGACAGUAAUGUUUUUUCUUAGGAAUUCAUCAAACGUAACUUGUUACAAAUUAUUUUAAUCUCUCUCUGCUGAUUGGAUAACGGGGGUAAAACAAUUGUUUUACUAUCUAUUUCACACUAGCCAUAGCUAGUUUACAGAAUACCAGGUACCUAUCCAGGUUAGUUACACAUCAGUUUUAAGUUUUAUUGUGCUGUCGGUCCAAAUGGGUUUUUUAGUCAGGGUUUAUUGGGUCGUAUCUGGUUGAUUCAGCUGUUUAGGUAAACAUGUUAUGUUUAAAUCAGCAGCAAGUUGUGCGUGUUAAGUGCAGAUGCAGAUUCAAAUUUUUAACUAGCAAUGUGAACUUACCUCCUGAUCAACCCAGUAGUCGCCAUCAUGUGGCAAAAAAGUCAGUUUAUGCUCGCAACAGAUUUGUUGUUUUUAGUUCCUGCAUAGGAAAUAGGUUUGGGUGUUUUUUAUUGUCCAUAUGUAAGUGUUUAACGUUGAUACCCUGCUGUUCCUGUAAUUUACUCAGAGGGGAAACCCAGCUGAUUUUAGGAGGAGGGCCGUUGUACAGAUUUUUCCACUAUUUGCACUGUUACUCAUAUUCCUAGAAACAAAACAAUGAAUUGUUGGUUUAUGGACGGUGUGAGCAUUCGACCUGCUUUCAUGUAGCCAUGUUUUGGCAGACAGUGUAUCCACAUUGACAUGCAGGUUUUUACCCUCUUUGGUUGUUUGUAGAUGAGUUUGAUUUCUAAUUUCCCCCACAAAUACCCCAAUAUGAGCAGAUACUCAUGUGUAAUUGGAAAAUCUGGCUGGAUCCACUUGCCAUUGGACAGCCUGCAGAAGUAGUUAUUAAUCAUAUAAAUAUAGACUGAUUUUUGGGAAUUGCUGUACCAGAACCAAUCGCACUGUGCUGGUAAACAGGAAGUUUUUAUUCCAGUAGUUGCUUUUUAACCAGAGGAAGACGUUUUAAACACUUAGAGCUAUUUUCGUUGCUUUACGUGAUUCAAAUUACCGUGACAAGACCUGCAACGUGACUUAUAACGUAAAAGACCCAGGGAGCAGACCGUCCUGCUGGUGAAUGGAGAGAUGGGUAAAGAGAUGCCCCUGGGGGGUGGGGGGUGGGGGGGUGCAGCUCCCUUUAAAUCCCUAACAACCUGAAGACUGGAAGGCAAAACCUAAAGUGGGCCGUUUGUUGCCACAAAUAAAGUUAUCUGACCCCAUAAGUGCUCUGAUACACAAAGGCUGCACUCACUAAUUGACUUUUUAUAUUUUUCUGUUUUGCUAGCAGGCUAAACCCUCAUAGAAACCUUUAACCUGCCUGAAAGUUGAAGAAUACUGUCAAGCCGUAGUCUUUGAAUUAGACUGUGGAUAGAUUUCCCUGAAUUAGUGCUGCGUGGAGGGUCAAGAACUUUAGUGUAGGUACUGUACUUGUGGUAAAUGACAUUUUAAUGGUUUGUUGCUGUUUUUACGUGAAUAGUUUGAACCAUGAUGUGUGUAUUACAUGUGUAGGUAUUUGUUGAUCACCAGGGGCCUGUAUCACAAAGCAGGAUUUCUUGCUUAGCCAGAUAACUUGUUGGAUUUAAGGUAGCCUAGGUUAAAUGGCCUUUAUCUUUGUUCGCUUACGUUUAGCCCAGACUACCUUAAAUCCAAUAACUUGGUGAAACAGGGCCCUGGAGUUGGUUAAAUCUUGGUGGAGGAACUUGGCCAUGGGAAGGGCGCGGGAGAAGACAAUGCAUUUCAGCACUCCGUGGUGGUAAACAUGCGUUUCUUACAAACGUAAAAGCAGCAUUAAAACGGCCAGUAUUAUGUACAGAAUUACAGUCAGUAUAGUAAAGGAAUAUUUUGUAAAUAAAAGGAUGUAAGAUACUGAUGUUUGUAUUGUAAGCAGCUUGCUGGAAGCUUUACCAGUUGUGGAUUACAUAUAAAGAGAGACUGGCUGACCCCAGCUGAACAUUUAGUCUCGUUAAAUCUUGUGUAUGUCUGGCGAGAAGUUCCCCUGGAGUCCCUGUCGAGUGCUGAUGUUUCUUUGCCCACUAAUGUUACCAAAACAGUGACCGGAGCUGAUUUCAUAUUCCAAAGACGAGUCACGCACUGGCAUCCUACGUACCUCACUGUGCUGCUAAGAGUGGCAAUUAUGUCAUUACCCGUUUUUUUUAUUUAGUCGUCAAAGCCAAAUAGCAAUGCCUUCCACGUUAAUUACUGGGUGAAACAAUCGGUUUAAUAUGUUAAGCAUCCGCUUAGUGUGCAUGAGAGGAGGGGGUGGGACUCUCCAGUCAGCUGAGGGGCUGGGGGGGCACACAGAAGGUCGCUGCUGGUGUGAGUGUUCGCCCAGGCGAUGACGGGCCCCUGCGCAGUGUUACCCUCUGCCUCUGAAGCGGUCAGGGAAGACACACACACACACACACACACACACACAAUGCAACUUUUGCAACAUUUACAUUUCUAGGCCAAAGAUGUGGUUAUUUGUUUUUUUAAUAAGGUUCUAAAAAGUUGAUUUUUUUAAAUAUAUAUAUACAGAUAUAUACAGGUGCAGUGCUGUUUCACAGUAGUUAAUCUAUUUCAGGCAAUAUACUCUUUAAAGCCAAAAUUUCCUGACAUGGUCUCAGGUUUGCACUGAAAAUGUUUCUGUAGAGCAGGACUCGGCCCUUGAGGACCGUGAGUUGAAUAGCCCUGCUGUAGAGCUUCUCUGCUGUUUGAGGCCAAACAGUGGUGGAUACGCUUUCUUGAUACUUACAAUACUCAUCCCAGUGCUGUGGGCUCUCGUACCCUGAGUAGCAUCUUACCUCACAUCACAUUACCAUCAGUGUAGCCUGUCACACUAGGCCUCUGAUUCACUGUUCUCAAAUAGUCUCUAUCGUCAUGCCCAGCUAAGCCAAAAGCUGUCAGCUUUGACCUGAGUCAGCAUAACUCCGAGUACUGAUAUGCGACGAAGCAGCAUGCUGACUCUCCAGUUUCUGUUUCUGUCAAUUGCUUCGAAACCUGCCAAAUACACGUGUCCGUCACAUGCUGUAUCCAUGGUUACCUUAUAUGUGGCCUCUUCAUUUUGAAAGUUAAAUUUUUAAAUCGGGCAUUUAAAUCAUGUUUACCUUCAUUGACCUAAUGGAAUUACUUUUGAAGUUGUAUUAAUGUAAUAUUAUGUAUUCUGUUUUUUUUGUUUUUUUUUUAAUCUGUUGACUGUUGCCUACAAGUUCAAUAAACACUGUAUAGAAGUGUACUCCAUC